UCCACCUUCGCCACGCUCGCCAUGGACCCGGACAGGAAGCAGGAGAUCGUCGACGACCUCGACAUGUUCCGCGACGGCAAGGACUACUACGCGUCCGUGGGCAAGGCCUGGAAGCGCGGCUACCUGCUCUUCGGACCCCCGCGCACCGGCAAGUCCACCAUGAUCGCCGCCAUGGCCAACUACCUAGACUACGACAUCUACGACCUCGAGCUCACGGCCGUCAAGAACAACACCGAGCUGCGAAGGCUCUUCAUCGAGACCACCGGCAAGUCCAUCAUCGUCAUCGAGGACAUCGACUGCUCCAUCGACCUCACCGGCAAGCGCAACAAGAACAACAAGAAGAAGGACAAGAACAAGAAGAUGCCGUGGGAGGAGGAGGACGACAAGGUCACCCUCUCGGGGCUGCUCAACUUCAUUGACGGCCUUUGGUCGGCGCGCGGCGGCGCGCGCAUCAUCACCAUCUUCACCACCAACCACAAGGACAAGCUGGACCCGCCGGCGCUGAUCCACAUCGAGAUGUCCUACUGCUGCUUCCAGGCCUUGAAGGUGCUCGCCAAGAACUACCUGGGCGUGGCCGACCACGAGCUCUUCGGCGAGGUCCGGCGGCUGCUGGAGGAGGUCAACAUGACUCCGGCGGACGUGGCGAAGAACUUGAUGCCCUUGCCCAGGUCCAAGAACAGGGACGUGGAUGCCUGCCUUGCCAAGCUUGUUAAGGCGCUCAACGACGCCAAGGACGCGGCAUUGGCCGAACCACUACUGGCCUUAGGGGAGUAA